GAGAGAGAGAGAGAGAGAGAGAGAGAGAGAGAGAGAGACUUUUUCUUGGUAAUUCCAACCUCUGUCCCUCACUCGUUUUCUGACCCGGAAUACAGGCUGGAAUUAAAACGGACUUCCCUGGAAAUGUACGCACAGAGCUGGUGUUAACAGUUUGGAUUUCAUGGAUUUGGAAGACACAAAGUAACGCCUCUUCCAGUGUUUAAAGUGAAAAUGACCUUUUGACAUAAAUGUCUGCUGCUGUGAGUGUUGGAUCCAAACAUCCUCACCUGCUCAAAACCACACGUGUCCCGGCUGACAGUUAAAGACACACCAUCCUAAAGGUUUUCCACGAUGUGACUGGGUCUAGAGGUGACCCUCUCACCUAUCAUGAUGGAUUCUGCUCCGGCCCCCUCAGCGGACCCUCCUCACCUCAGCAGCUACAUCAAUAGCAGCAACCGCAGCCUCCUCGAUGGUGACUCACUGAUGAGCAAUCACACCCUGACCCUCCAUGACCGCUUCCACAACGCCCUGCUGGGGGUCAUUCUGGGCCUCCUGUCCCUCCUGACAAUCAUCAUGAACCUGCUCGUCCUCUACGCCGUGAAGAAAGAGAAGAGCCUUCACACCGUCGGUAACCUCUACAUCGUCAGCCUGUCCGUGGCAGAUCUCAUUGUGGGCACCACGGUCAUGCCUCUGAACCUGGUGUACUUGUUAGAGGAUGAAUGGAAGCUCGGGCGGGCAGUCUGCCAAUUCUGGCUUAUUAUGGACUACGUGGCAAGCACAGCCUCAAUUUUCAGCCUGUUUAUCCUGUGUUUGGAUCGGUACCGCUCUGUCAGGCAGCCGCUCAAGUACCUGAAAUAUCGAACGCGGGGAAAAGCGAGCGUGAUGAUUUCCGGAGCCUGGCUGCUGUCCAUUAUGUGGAUUAUUCCAAUUUUAGGAUGGAGGUCUUUCACUCAAGUAGAUCUUAAACCUGAGGAGGAGAACAAGUGUGACACAGAUUUCCGAUUUGUCACGUGGUUUAAGGUUAUUACUGCCGUCUUCAACUUCUAUGUACCCUCAAUUUUGAUGCUGUGGUUUUACACGCACAUCUACUUGGCAGUGAGGCAACAUCUCAGGGACCGGGAGAGAAUCAUUCAUCCAACAGAUUCGUUUGGGGAAAAUGAGAAUGUACAAAAUGCCCAAUCGCCCGUGAAAAGUGACACUAAAUCACCCCAGAAGGAAUGUGAGGUUCCACUGAAACUCUCCAAAAAGCAACGCCUGUUGGACCAGAACACUCUCGAUCAGACGUAUUCCCUCGAGGACGCUGAUAAAACCAAAACAGCUUCAUCCAGAUCUCACAGAAAAAUCGGUGUAAAGUGCCAGCAGACGUCAUUUCUCGCCAUCACAACGAGACGACUCCGAAUGGCACAAAAGGCCAAAAGGUGCUCCCUGUCUCCUGAGGACAAGCAGUCGGACACUGAGACUCCCUUAAGUCAAUCUUCGGUGCCACAGGAUGUCGUUUGCCCAGAGGGGCAGAACGAGAACAAACUUCAGGCAUCUUUGAAUGAAUGUCACGUCACGGUGCCAAACUCCGUGAGCGGCGUCUGUGACAUCAGUCAGGUGUCAGACGUGCAGAGAUUCCCCUCUGUGCUCUACAACAACUACGACCCCGGUCAUGCUCUGCCUUGGACUGACAAAGGGGUUGAAGAUGCCAAAUUGGACCCGGCUAAUGCGGUGACCCUCAGACAGACGUGGCAAAAGUUUAUCGGACAGUCACGCCAGCGUAUACAGAGCCUGAGGAUCCAUAAAGAGCACAAGGCGGCCAAGCAGUUGGGCUGCAUUAUUGCUGCUUUCCUGUUGUGCUGGAUCCCGUACUUCAUCGUUUUCAUGGUCAUGGCGGUCUGCAAAGAGUGCGUGCACCAUGACCUUCACAUGUUUACCAUAUGGCUUGGUUACAUGAACUCCACUCUCAACCCUUUUAUAUACCCGCUCUGCAAUGGCAACUUUAAACGAGUCUUCAGAAACAUUCUGAACAUUCAUUUGUGACAAGCAGAGAACACAGUCUUAGAUGUUUAAAUGCUGCUGGUGUUUCCAGAGAAGGAGGAGAAGACUUUUGCAUGAAUUACACGUCUUAAACACCUUUGCAUUGGUGAGAUUAAACUGUAAUUGUAUUUUAAAUGUCAGUUUUUCUUUGUUAUUUUUAUAAACUGCUGCCCUCUGGGUGAAAUUGAGCAGCAGCUGAGGUUAAUGUCUGAUUUAACGUUAUUUAUUUUGUCUAUGUCACGCUAAUGAUAAUAAAGUUCGUCUAGGACUUGAGAGCUUUAAACUCACAAGAAUUUGAUCUCUCCCCCUGAGAGAUAGAAGCAUGAAUGUCUUGGCUCUGGUCCAGAAUGGUGGGAAAAAAUGUAUAACGUGUUUUUAAAGAAAAUCUCUGUAUUUAUUGAUUUCUUAGCUUUAUCAGUGGAUCAAACCAGACAUGUGACAUGAUACAGCAUGAUCCUGAAAUAUGUAAUAUUUGUUUCUCAUCAUUAAAACAGGAUGUAGGACAUUAGGCGUCUUUUUAAAUGUCAAUCCAGGAAAAACACAGAUAUUGCCAAGUGUCUAAUGAGACGAUACUCAUGGGAAGGUUAGUUUGGAAUCCGUGCAGUUGUAAGCUUUAAAGGAGUGUGUAGCAUUUAGUGGCAUCUCGUGGUGAGGUUCCAGAUUGCAACAAAAGAAAUACACCUCACCU